GUCACUUAUAGCAAAUCGUUAUGCUUUUUAAAAAAAUAAAUAAAAUAAAAUCAGGUUAAAUUAAAAUUGUGGUUGUUUAUUUUUGCAAGUUGUCAUGUAAGGAAAUGUCAGCUAGUCCGUCUGCGUUUCUGAUGCAGCAACAAACAAAAAGAAGCGAGGCCCUUUUCAAGGGGAAGUUUAUCGGUGAUUGUGCGACAUCAUGCCCGUUACGAAGUAAAAAUAUGUCGGCGAAACAGAUCAGGAAAUAUCGCGGAUGUUAACAAAGGCCUCUGGACAGAUAGCAAAACAAAAGCCCUUUAACGCCAAAUGUCGAUCCCAAAUAGUUGUCAAGAUGACGAGUAAAAACCAGAUCAAGGUGGAUCUGGUAGAUGAAAACUUCACAGAGCUGCGAGGAGAGAUCGCAGGACCACCGGACACGCCGUACGAAGGUGGCAGAUUUCAACUGGAAAUCAAAAUCCCAGAAACGUAUCCCUUUAACCCUCCCAAGGUGAGGUUCAUCACUAAGAUCUGGCAUCCCAACAUCAGCUCAGUAACAGGCGCCAUCUGUCUUGACAUCCUCAAAGACCAGUGGGCAGCAGCGAUGACUCUGAGAACGGUACUGUUGUCCCUCCAGGCUCUUCUGGCCGCAGCUGAACCGGACGACCCCCAGGAUGCAGUAGUGGCCAAUCAGGUACCGUAUAAGCAGAACCCAGACAUGUUUACGCAGACGGCCAGGUUAUGGGGCCAUUACUACGGUGGAGCACCUGAACCCGGUCCAGAAUACACACGGAAGAUAGACAAACUCACUGCCAUGGGCUUCGAAAAGAAUGCUGUAAUCGCUGCCUUGUCCUCUAAAUCCUGGGACGUGGAGACGGCGACAGAACAACUCCUUAGCAACUGAGACCCCUCUGACCUCAUCUCCCUUCUCCUAUUGGUGCCCUCCGAUGCCUUCUAACCACAGCCCAAACUGAGCCUUCGCUGGGCUGACGUCAUAGAGUUUCACCCCUCUUCCAAGUCACUUCCUGGUAACCUUUCAACUCUCCCUAUUCCCCGGCCUUCAAAACAUCCCUUACUUUCCGUCUUUUAAGAAGGCCCACAUUAAAGCGUUGUUAACCUGGCGGAGGUUAGUGGCUGAGAGAGACAGGAGGACAAGCAACGCCGGACAGGAUGGAACUGUACAAAUACUUUAUUCUUCCUGGAUAUUGUAAAAAAAACCAAAAAACGUAAACUGUGUUUCAGUUUUAACUCACGACUAGAAGGAAAGAAAUUGCCUAGUUAACUAUUUUGAUUGGCCGACUAGGAAGUUAGUCUGAAUGUCCCGAUUGGCUCGUUGAAGCGACUUACGCGCUUGAUUGGCCCAGUCUGCUUCCCCCCUCCCCCCUCACGCUCCUCUUUCCCAGACGAAUCCUGUGUCCAGUCUCUUUCUCAAAGAGGACGGACACCCCUUUUAUCAGCAGAACAAACCAACGACCCACUUGGCAUCUAUAUUUUAUAAAAUAUAUAUAUAUAUAUUUUUUUUUUAAAAGGACACAAAAAAAAUGUCAUUAAAAGACUUCUUCCUUCUUUUCGCUGUCUUCCUGUUCCACUUCAGUAUCGCACGAUGUUGACGAAGUAGAACUGCGCGGCAGAUUAGGGACCACUACCCUCUUCAUAAGGCUCUGGUCAAAAGUAGUGCACUAUAUAGGAGAUAGGCAGCCAUUUUGUUUUGGUUUAGUUGAAACGCAGUCGGGAGCUUUCAGUUUGGAUUAGUUUUCUGAAGGGAAACAGCAGCCGUCAGACCUGGGUUCAGAUGCUAUUUGAAAUCUUUCGUCUGCCUUUUUGAGAGCCGGGGGGGUUUACAGUAUUUUAACUGGCCCGUGUGAAGCCAGGCAAACUCAAUCAAGCACAGAUAAAGGGUUUGAAAUGAUAUCGAGUUGGGUAUUUGUGGCCGGCGAACAAUCGCAUGAUGAUUAUUUAUUGUCAAACUUUACUUUUAUUAAAAAAAUUCUACCUGAAAAA